AUGGAGUCGCCGAGGGUUUCGAAACCCACGGUGACUCAAGAAGAGCAAUCUCAGGUGGAGGCUCAGGUUUCUAAGUUAUACCAAGUGUUCUACUCCGUAACUCCCAAAUGCCAAUCCGUCAUGUUGGAGGUUCAACGUGAUAAUCAUAUGAAGUAUCUCACCAAAGGUCUCCGCAACCUCGGUAGCAAGUUUGCCGUCUUGGAUGCUAACCGACCUUGGCUUUGCUACUGGAUCAUUCACUCAAUAGCUUUAUUGGGAGAGUCGGUUGAAGCUGAAGUGGAAAACGAUGCUAUUGACUUCCUAAAUCGUUGCCAGGAUCCAAACGGUGGAUAUGGUGGCGGACCUGGACAGGCAAGUUAA